AUGAAGCAAGGCAGUGAUUUAGAAGCAAAGUUUCAUCGUGAACGUUCCGGAGUCGAAGGAGGAUCGGGAGAAGGAGUUCCUUGCGACGACGAGAAAGGAGAACAAGAAGAGGGAGUUCCUAACAAUGACAAUAAAGGAGAAUUUGGAGAGGGAGUUCCUGAUGACGGAAAAGGAGAUUCCGAAGAGAAUGAUGAAUAUUAUUCUUCCGAAGACGAGUUUGGGAGCAAAGACGAGGAAGGCGACAAAGAAGAUGAUGAUUAUUACAAAGGUGGCGAGGAUGGCGAAGAUAAUCAAGGAGAUGACUCUAAAGAUGGUGACAAUGAUAAUAAAAAUGGUAGUGAUGGAAUAGAGCAUAGCGAUGAGGAGGAUCCUCAAGGACAUGGUGUUAAUAUGAAGAAAGUUGGUGACUAA